AUGCCUGUAUUCGGCUCGCAGAGUCUCGCAAACCUCUCGAGGGGCCCUGCGGGCUGGCGCAACUCGUACACCCCUCCCAACGCCCCGGCGGACGACGAUGUCAUCCCUACCGCCAUCGUCAUCAAGAACAUCCCAUUCCAGAUCCCGCGCGAGGGAUUGUUGUCCAUCAUUGAGUCUCUCGGCGCGCCGCUUCCGUACGCGUUCAACUACCACCAUGACUCGGGCGUCUUUAGGGGAUUGGCAUUCGCCAAUUUCCGCCAGUCGGACGAGGCGGCGGCAGUGGUGGCUGCGCUGAAUGGGUAUGACGUGCAGGGACGCAAGUUGAGGGUUGAGUACAAGAAGGUGCUUCAGCCGGGGGAGAAGGACCGGAUCGAGAGGGAGAAGGCGUUGAAGCGGAUGAGGAGUGUUCAGGGGUUCGACAAGGUCAAUAUCGAGAUGCCGCCCCCUCUGCCGUCCCUGCGGUCGAUGAACGGCUUCGCGCAGCCCACACCUCCACCGGCACCACCUAUGGACUCGCCUCCCCACUCGGCCGUCUCCACCUCUACGUCCUCGGAAAAUCUCCCUACCUCGCUCGACAUGAACGAUCCUGCGGCGCUAGAGAUCUACUCGCGCUGCCUCCUCUUCAAGGAGGAUCGGAUGCGGGACGAGCUGUCCUUCUCGCGCGGCUUGUCUGCCCACGAGCGGCGCGUCGUCCACCUCGUCGCGCAAAGGCUUGGCCUCAGCAGCGGGACCAAGGACGGGGACGACAGCCAAGGCAAAUCCGUCGUUGUCACGCGUAUUGAAGCGCCUCGUCCAGCCCUCACUUCCUCGGCGUCCGCGUCGACCGCCAUCUCUAGCACCUACCUUUCCCCCUACGGCUCGGAAUACUAUCACCCCGGUCAACAAGCUACCCCUACCUCGGUCUCCCCCCAUCUGCGGAUCAAAAAGUCCAUGCCGGAUCUUCGCGGAUUCAACUCGUCCCUCUACCGCGACCCCUCCAAGUCCCUCUCCACGCAGCGCAGCUCGGGCAAUCUCCGCGAGGCCAACCGCGAGUACGUUUCUAUGGGCGCCUCGGCGGGUCGGCGCGCAGGCAGCGGAGUCAGCGGAGGCGCAUUCGGUUUCCUCGGGGAUAUGGCCCCGCCUCCGGUGCCUCCCAUGCCGAGCGGGAUGGGCGGACACCGGUCUACCUUGUCUGUCAAUGACGAGACGAUGUCUAGCUCUAUGCCGAGCCGACACCCGCGCGGUCCGGCCGGCGAGUCGAGGGGUUUCCAAGGUGGAUUGGGGGAGAGUGCGCCGAUAGGUCGAGGAUUGAGGACGAGCGCGAGCGCGGCGGUCAUGCGGAGUAAUGGGUUUGGUGGGCUUGGGAGAGGGGUUCGGGAGGAGGAUGAAGGGGAGGUCCGGGAGGAGGCGGUGCGUACGAGGGAGAGCCUGGAUUUGUAG